GGGCCCCAUCUGACGGUCCGGCCGACCGCCGACGCGUACCCCAGUUGAGCCGAAAUCAAUCCCCAAUCCAUAUCCUCCCCUCCCACCAAACCCUAGCUCCGGCGCGCAAUACCGGCGGCGAUCCAAGAUGCCUGCGACGGCGGGGCGCGUGCGCAUGCCCGCGAACAACCGCGUGCACAGCAGCGCGGCACUGCAGACGCACGGCAUCUGGCAGAGCGCCAUCGGGUACGACCCCUACGCACCCGAGAACAACAAGCAGCAGCCGGGCCGCCCCUCGUCCUCCGUCUCCGCCAACGCCGCUGCCGCCGCCGCCAACGAUGCCAACGCCGCCGCCGCAGCCGCCGGAUCCGGGUCCGGCGACGGCAACGCCUACAAUAGCUUCCAGGGCCUCCUCGCGCUCGCGCGCAUCACUGGCUCCAACUCCGACGAGACACGCGGCGCCUGCAAAAAGUGCGGCCGCGUAGGCCACCUCACCUUCCAGUGCCGCAAUUUUCUUUCCGUCAAGGACCUCGACCUGGACGACGCUGAUGCUCAGGCUGCCGCGCAGGCAGCUGCGCAGGCCAAGUUCGAUGAGAUCAAGAAGAAGGCUGCAGCCGGCGGGAAUGCAGAUGAGGUUUCCGAUGAGGAGGAAGAGGACGAGGACAGUGAUUCCUCUGAUUCCGACAUCGAUCCUGAGCUGGAGAAGAUAAUUGCUGAGCGCGAGCGUGCCAGGAAUGGGGGACGGAGGUCCAGGGAUGAAGAGAAAAAGUCAAGCCACCGCCACAGGAGCAGCAGCAGCAAGAGAAGAUCAAGACACACCAGGAGCAGGAAGAGUGAUGAUAGUGAGGAUGAAGAGGAGGAAGGCAGAAGAGGCAGGGACAGGAAGAGGGCUGGCAGAUCGAAGAAGCAUGAAUCAGAUGAGGAUAGCAGUGAUGACAGUGAAUCUGAUAGGAAAAGGCACAGGAAGAGCAGGAAGGACAGGAAGAGGCGCAGGAGCCACCACAGGAGUGACUCAUCGGAUGAUGAGGAUAUAUCUGGAGGUGAAGAAAGGAGGCGCCGGCGCCACCGGAAGCGGCGCCAUCACCGGAGGGAAGCAUAUGACAGUGACAGUGGUGGUAGUGAGUCUGCAGCUGAAAAGAGGUCCAGCAGGCGGAGGAGGCAUCGCAGGUCAGAAAGCAGUGGGUCGGAUGAGGAUAAGCGACAUGAUAAUCGGGGAGCAAAACGUUCCGGGGAGAAGAGCAGGGACCGCAAGAGGAGCUAAAGAGGAGCAUUGAAUUGGUAAUUUGCCCUCAAUGAUGUUAUUGAGUCCCUCUAUUUUAUCAGCUGGUCCUUGAGAAUCUUAUUUUAUUUGUCCUUGUCAUAAAUGUGAUACAAUUAACGUGUGAUGCUUGUUAUGUAUAACGUAUUGGUGUAUCAGUAUAUGUCUGUCUAAAAAAAAGAAACUACCAUGCGAGCGUAAUUCGGUAAUUCUGAAAAAUGAAACUACUGUGGGAGCGUAAUUUGAUAAUUGACAAGGAUUUUUUAAA